AUGAGUCAUCCUGUGCAGUUUGUUAAGGCUAGUAAUACUGAUGGUAGCCACCGGUUGGGUGGUCAAUAUUCCAUUCCUCAAGAUUUGAGAGAAAACCUCCAGGAAGAAGCCACACGUACUAGUGAAAAGGAGAAGGAUGUGUUACAAGAAAAGAUGGAAACCAAGACAGUGCACAAUAGAGAGGAUGAGUACCACAGAAAAAGAUUCGAUUUGAGGCUUGGACCUGGUCCAGACACAAAAGAAAUUACCUCCAAGGAAGAUACUCAAAACGCUGUGGUUCCAAGGAAAAGAAAAUCUCGAUGGGAUGUAAAAGGUUACGAACCACCUGAAGAAUCUCAGAAAACAUUUAGCGAAAAUUCCGACAACGUCUUAGUUGAUAUAGAAGGAGUUAAAGAUUUAAUGUUUUUCAAGCCUUCUGACCAUAAAUAUUUUGCUGAAAUUGUAUCCAAAAAACCUAUAGACGAAUUGAGCAAGGACGAGAAGAAAGAAAGAUCAUUCUUGAUGCUACUUCUGAAAAUUAAGAAUGGUAACACGGCAAGCAGAAGGACCUCAAUGAGACUUUUAACUGAAAAAGCAGUUACGUUUGGUCCACAAAUAAUAUUUGAUCGACUAUUGCCCAUAUUACUGGACAGGUCCUUGGAAGAUCAAGAAAGACAUCUAAUGAUCAAGGCCAUAGAUCGUGUUCUUUACAAACUGGGUGACCUAACAAGGCCUUAUGCGCAUAAAAUAUUAGUAGUGACGGCCCCAUUGCUGAUUGACGAAGAUCCAAUAGUUCGUUCCACUGGUCAAGAAAUCAUUACCAAUUUGUCCAUGGUUACUGGCUUAACAACCAUGCUCACGGUGAUAAGACCUGAUAUCGAGAAUGAAGAUGAAUAUAUUAGAAAUACAGCUGCUAGGGCAAUGGCUGUAGUGGCAAAAGCCCUCGGUGUUAAUCAAUUGCUUCCCUUCAUUAACGCAGCAUGCCAUUCGCGGAAAUCGUGGAGAGCAAGGCAUACAGGUAUAAAAAUUGUUCAACAAAUAGGUUUAAUCUUGGGAAUAGGUGUACUAAACCACCUUGCUGGUCUUAUAAGUUGUAUCAAGGACGGCUUAGUAGACGACCAUGUUCCAGUACGAAUCGUUACAGCGAAUACUUUAUCUACGCUGGCCGAAAACGCAUAUCCGUACGGUAUUGAGGCGUUCAACAUUGCGCUGGAGCCACUGUGGAAGGGUAUAAGAAGUCAUCGUGGUAAAGUCUUAUCUUCCUUUUUAAAAGCCGUUGGCUCUAUGAUUCCAUUAAUGGAUCCAGAGUAUGCUGGCUAUUAUACUACAGAAGCAAUGAGGAUAAUUAAACGCGAGUUCGACACACCUGAUGACGACAUGAAAAAAACUAUCCUUUUAGUGUUACAAAAAUGUAGUCGAGUUGAAUCUAUAACGUCAAACUUUUUACGGGAGGAAAUUGCACCAGAAUUUUUCCAAAAAUUUUGGAUCAGACGUGUGGCCCUAGACAAGCCAUUAAACAAAGUCGUUACAUACACGACAGUAGUGUUAGCAGAAAAGCUAGGCUGCUCGUAUGCCAUUGAUAAAUUAUUAAAACCAUUGAGGGAUGAAGCUGAACCAUUCAGAACAAUGGGAGUUCAUGCGGUUACAAAGAUAGUGAAUUUAUUGGGGACAGCAGAUUUAGAUGAAAGGUUAGAAACGCGACUUAUUGAUGCACUCUUGAUAGCAUUUCAGGAGCAGACGAAUAACGACUCUACAAUUUUCAAAGGGUUUGGGGCAGUUACUUUAUCGCUUGACAUUCGUAUGAAACCUUUUCUGGCACCUAUUAUAAGCACAAUUUUGAACCACUUAAAGCACAAAACUCCUUUGAUCCGUCAGCAUGCAGCUGAUCUGUGUGCGAUAUUGAUACCGGUCAUCAAAAACUGUCACGAAUUUGAAAUGUUGAAUAAAUUGAAUAUAAUACUGUAUGAAUCUUUAGGCGAAGUAUACCCAGAAGUUCUAGGUUCAAUCAUCAACGCAAUGCGCUGUAUUUCGAGUGUUAUGGUUAUAGAUAAUCUACAACCUCCAGUUAACCAGAUUUUACCUACUUUAACCCCAAUCUUGAGAAAUAAGCACAGAAAAGUUGAGGUAAACACUAUCAAAUUCGUCGGACUUAUUGCCAAGUUAGCACCAACCCAUGCUCCUCCCAAAGAAUGGAUGAGAAUAUGUUUUGAGCUAUUAGAACUAUUAAAAAGUACAAACAAGGAAAUAAGAAGAUCAGCAAAUGCAACAUUUGGCUUUAUUGCAGAGGCCAUCGGACCACAAGAUGUUCUUGUAGCUUUAUUAAACAAUUUGAAAGUUCAAGAACGUCAAUUACGUGUAUGUACAGCUGUUGCCAUUGGUAUUGUAGCUGAAGUAUGUGGUCCCUAUAAUGUUUUGCCGGUAAUUAUGAAUGAAUACACAACGCCAGAGACGAAUGUUCAAAAUGGUGUCCUUAAAGCUAUGUCGUUUAUGUUCGAAUAUAUUGGUGACAUGUCCAAGGAUUACAUAUACUUCAUUACGCCGUUGUUGGAAGACGCGCUCACUGAUAGAGAUUUAGUCCACCGUCAGACAGCCUCGAAUGUCGUAAGUCAUUUGGCUCUGAACUGUGCAGGUACUGGACACGAGGAUGCCUUUAUUCACCUACUAAAUAUUCUAAUCCCCAAUAUUUUUGAGACUUCACCGCAUGCUAUUUUGCGUAUUUUAGAGGGGUUGGAAGCAUUGAGUCAAGCGGUUGGUCCUGGUAUGUUCAUGAACUACAUAUGGGCGGGGUUAUUUCAUCCAGCAAAGACCGUAAGGAAGCCAUUCUGGAGAGUAUACAAUAACUUAUAUGUAAUGUAUCAGGACUCCAUGGUACCUUUUUAUCCUGUUACGCGGGACAACAAUGAACAGUAUGUAGAAGAGCUAGACUUAAUUUUAUAA